AUGGCCAGCUUUCCUCUGGAACUGCUGGACAUUAUCUUCAACCUCACUCUACCGGAAGAAUCAGACCCUGCCCUCAUGGACGACUACCUCAAGGCCCCUCUCACUCUUUCCCAAGUUUGCCUACGAUGGCGGGCCGCAGCCCUCUUAAAUUCUCGUCUCUGGAACCAAGUCUUUCUCAAGGGGCGAUCAUGGAGGAAGGCGAAAGACAGACUGGCACUAGCAAAGGAGCUGGUGGUCCGUUCGCGAGGGGUGCCAGUGUCGUUGUAUGCUUGGAUAGGGGAGGGCUGGGACGAAAAUUUAGACCACGAGACGGCAACCAUCAUCGAGACGGUCAUGCCGCGUCUGAGAGUUCUCGAACUCCGUGUCAAUUGCCUGUUACUCGAGAACGGCUCUAUGUGCGUUAUCAUGGAUCGCCUCCGCAACUCACAUGCGCCGCUGCUUGAAGCAUUCUCUAUGGCCCCAUUCAACAGCCAUAAGCGAACAACCUACUCUUCAUUCAAGCCCUUUUUCAACAAAGGUGCCCCAAAACUCCAACGGUUGGAUUUUGCCGCACACCUAUUCACCCUACAUCCACCCACCCUCUCCAACAUCACUCACUUUAGACUGCACAACAGCGUUGGUUCGACCAUCGCCCGAUUUACAUGCACGUAUCUCCUCAAGGUCUUGCGGAAGAUGCCCCUCCUCGAAGACCUCUUCCUCUCCUUAAUUCUUGACGCAGAAGACGAGACAGCUGAUGAGAACCAAGACGACAACGACCAACUUGAUGACAUCAAAUUUUCGCAUCUCAAAUAUCUUUACCUAGAACUGUGCGACAUCGACUGCGCUAUUCUUCUAGGCUCUCUCACACUUCCGCCAGGGUGCCUAGUCGAUAUUCUAUGCAACGACGCCGCACCGAAUACGUGGUACCACAUCGUUCUCGACUCCUUGGAAAACCGUAUCGAGGAAUGCAAGCACGACAUGUCGGACAAGGCUCUCUGUCUGGACAUUCACGCCAGUCUCAUUCAAGUAGCUGUUCGGAUUGACCCCCGUCAAGAUGUCAACACAGAGGCACAGAUCCGGCCAUGCUUAACCUUUACUUUUGUCCUCAAGAACAGCGAUUCCGACGACGAGGAAGAUAAUGAGAAUGUGGACGUGAACCUUGAUGUGGCCGGCAAUGUCGAAGCCUACACCAUGCUCCUGUACCUCGCCCGAUUCCUCAACUCCUCUAAGCUAGUCGCUGCUUCCUCCCUGCACCUCGGCAUAUAUACACGCUUCUACCUCGAGACGCUCUCCGCCCCUCUCUUUGGACCACUCAUCCGUGCAUGCACCCAAGCAGAGAGACUCGUCCUCACAGGAACAGAGAAUGAGUUUCUCUUUCCUGUCACUAUGUGGAUCGCGUCUGCUCGACGACAAGAAGAUUUAGACUGGGCAAAGGGUAUCCUGCGACUCGACGAUCUCCUGUUCAAGGAAGUUCCUCAAGGGCAGCGAUGGGACCCGCUGCCGUUGUUGCAGCUCUCGCAUGAGAUGGGUAUCUACACGUAUCCGCUCAGCUUGCCCGCGCCGAGAUCUACACCCAAUGUUGACGAGCCUCCCCUUUUUUCAAAGAGGUUGUCAAUUGUCAAUUUCCUGCAUGCGGAGUAUGACCUCGGCAAGAUUGAUGUAUUUUAUGAAUUGCCGUGUGCACUGCUAGCGAGAGAGAAACUAGCCAUUGUUGCAGGCAGUUUAACUUGGCCUGUGUGCUCGGAGAGUUGGAUGUCAUGCGAAGGUACCUUAGACUUCAACAUAACUAUGCGGGAUAUGAUGAGGCAUUAUCUCAAGCCUCCUAAAUCACUCUCUGGCGCGGACUAG